AUGGCCCAGCCCACGCCACGGGUUCGACGCACGUCGCAAAACACACAAUAUACCUACAACCUCUCGAGACGCAUCCACAAUGUGAAGACCUACCCUGUCCAGUCUCCUCAAGGAGCCACCAUCCUUCUUUACGGUCACGAUAAUGGUGUUACCAUUGUAUGGAAGGGAGGGCGUCGAUUCAAGCCAACGAAGAAGCCAUUGCCAUCUCCAAAACAAAAUGGGGCCCCGGACGAUGCGGUCAUGAUUAUUGAUUCCGACGAGGACGAACCACCAGCCAAGUCAUCGAAGGCUUCAGCGCCCUUUAUUGAUAAACCCGAGUUUGAAGAUGCUGAGGAGGAUACGCCAUAUCCUGAAAUCAUUCAGACUCUCGAUCUUUCUCUUGGCACCGCUGCUCUGCAUUUGGCGGUAUUGCCCAUGACACCAUGCCCCGCUGAAGACGCAGCUUGGGAAGGAGCUGAUGUCCUCAAGGAGAAGAUGGUCUUCACAGUGGCUUGUGCCACCAACGAAGUCUAUGUCGUUACUCUUCCACUAACGCCACCGAGCCCUGAGAGUAAGGCAAGACCGGAGCUGAGAUCCAGUCUGUUAGCUGGCAAGGCAGGUUCGGGCCAGUGGGGUGAGAGGGUCAUCUUCCUCGGCGGCCAGUACAAGCACAGUGAAGGCGUCGCCAUGUCAUUAAUCAAACCCAAGACAUCCUCCAACUCAGAACGGAUACGGGAACAGUCUGGUGCCUCACAGAAACCCCGUCUCGUGGUGGCAUCUCAUACCCGCGAGGCAGCUGGUACCCUACGCCUUUGGGAUGUUCCCUUGGAUGUUCAGCCUGGUGAAGCUAGCGGCCGUAUCAACCCUUUCCAAACCGAGUAUCUGCCUAGCCCCCUCUCGAGCAUAUCCUUUAAUCCUACACACCUCACUCAACUGCUGACGGUAGCUUCACCGCAUGCCGUCCGUAUCUACGAUUUUGCACUGCCUUCCCUGCCGCCUGAUGACCAGGCCACAGGCCCCUUCCCGAGCCAAGGAUCAUGGCUCCUCUCCCUGUUCCAGCCUUUCACACGCCCUACAUCUACACGGAAACCCAUUCUCGAUGCAGCUUGGAUCGCCCAUGGCAGAGCUGUUCUUGCUCUACUCGCCGACGGUACUUGGGGAAUAUGGGAUGUGGACGGUGCCAGCCCACUAGGCGGCUCUAUUUUGGGAAAGAACAGCUCUGGAAUCAAGGGCGCUGCGCUGACAGCUUUCAGUGCCACUGGGCAUGUCGAGGGUACGGGCCCCUUGCGAACCACGGCUGCUGUGCCAAGGUCAAAUGGAAACGGAGACUUUGUACCCAUGACACCCCACAGCCGACGUGAUGCUGCUGCAUCCUUGAGCGCUGGUGGCUCUCUAGAACGCCUUGUGGCUAUUAGAGGCGGCAUUGCUGUUACUCCCUUGCCUGGCAGUGGCUCGGGCUCUGCUGACGAGAGCGUCGUUCUGUGGAUUGGCGGACUCGAUAACGUUUCUGUCAUUCCUGCUGUUUCUCGUUUCUGGGAUUCCCAGCUGAGACGCGGCUCUGGAGGCGGUGUCAACCUAUUCAGUGGCACCACUCCCACGAAGAUGAUCCGACUACAUGACCUAUCCACGGGACUUCUGGGCGAGCGUUGCUGCGGUGUGGGAGCUGCUGUGAACUUCGCCAAGCUCGAGGACAAUGACGGAGGCUUGCAGAUCGAAGUUCUUGUCAUGGGCGAGAGCCGAUUGGUUAUCGUUCACGAAUCAGAAGAUGCACCUGGCGCUAAGAUCGGGGGUGUAGUAUCAACUCGCCGGCGUCUAUUCGGCGACAAGAAAGCAGAGCCGCCUAGCGCCAUCAUUGUCCAUCCCCGACCAGACCAGCCUCGCAACGUCUCCUUCAACCUGAGCGUUAACAAGACGAGAAGCCUGCGCCCGAAGUCCCGCGGACGCGACAGUUCUGUUCCCGAUGACGACCCCACCCACGAUUUCACGUUGCCGAUCGGACGGCCAAAGUCUGGUUUCGGUUUCGCCGAAACUCUCAGCGCUGCCGCGGAUUUGCAAGACGACGUAACGACACGUGAUGUUGAGGUGGAGAUGUUGGAUAUCUUGGAGAUUGAUCGAGCUCUGGAGAAUAUGGAAGACGACCGUGGCAGUGGACGCAAGAAGGUCUUCUUUGAGGAUAACUGA